AUGGAUAGAACUGAUAAAAAACUCGAGAAAGAUGUCUCGAAAAAUUAUUCAAAUGAACAUGACAUUGUUGUUUCAAACAACGAACAAUACAUUUGUGAUAUUUGUGAAGAGGCAUUUCCACUGGAAUCAAGCCCUGUGGACUUCAAAAAAGGCCAGAAAAUAGAUGUGGAAGCCGCCAAAAUGUAUAGUUCUCGUACACAACUAUCUUACGAAUAUUAUUCGCUACCUUUUUGUUUGCCCAAAAAUGGAACCUUAUCUUAUAAAACUCAAAGUUUAGGGGAAAUUUUAAGCGGUGAUAGAGUCGUUAAAACGCCUUAUGAAGUUGAAAUGGCGCAAAAUAUAUCUUGCAAACUCCUUUGUGAUGAUAUAAUAGAACCCAUAUUUUGGAAAGAAAGUUAUUCUUCACUUGUCAUUGAACGAAUACAACAAGAAUACAUUGUUCGUUUAUUGAUUGAUGAUGUCACAGCAGCAAAUUUAUAUAAAAAAGAUAAAGUAGAUGAAAUGAUUUAUAUGCAACCUGGUUAUUAUCUAGGUGGUAUUGAUGAGAAAAAUAGGGUGUAUAUCAACAAUUAUUUGAAACUAAUAAUAUUCUACCAUAAACAUGGAGAGAAUGAAUUUAGAAUAGAUGGUUCAGUGGUGGAAGCUUUGUCAGUAGAUUAUAAACAAGUAAGCUAUGAUAGCGUUACUUGUAACAUUACACCACAAGCUAGUCCACAAUUCAUCAAUCCAAAUGGAACUGAAAUUCUAUUUUUCUAUUCUGUUCAAUGGGUGGAAAAAUCUAAUAUUGAUUGGGCUAAUAGAAAUAUGUAUGCUGUGCAAUAUCAUUUAGAUAGACUUUGGUUCAGGACAAUCUGUCUAAUAUUAGUUAUAAUUUUUUAUUCUGUACUCGCAUAUUUAUUAUAUAACAAGGCAAUAAAAAAAGUCAAAGCUAGGAAUGAUGUUGGUAAUAGUGAUAGGAUUGCAAAAUCAGAAGGAGCUGAAGAAAAAACCGGAUGCAACCUUGUUUAUGCAGAUGUAUUUAGACCUCCUACUAACUCUUGUCUUUUUGCUGCUUUUAUUGGCAGUGGCAUUCAAGUGUUUUUUAUGACGUUUAUUACUGUCCUUUUUACCAUGCUUGAAAGGUUUUCAUCAUCUAGUAGAGGAGCUGUAGGAACUUGUGCAAUUUAUUCUUUUAGUUUCUCUGGACUAGUAGCUGGAUAUAUUUCAGGUAGAUUAUAUAAGACAAUGCAAGGGAAAGAGUGGAAGAAAGCAGCUUUUCUGACUGCAACUUUAUAUCCUGGCAUAGUAUUUGAAACGUAUUUUUCCCUUAGCUUUUUUUUGAGGGAAAAGCAUAGUUCAGAUGCUAUUCCUUUUUCUACAAUGAUUUCAUUGCUUGGAAUUUGGUUUGGUAUUUCCUUACCAUUAGUUUUCUUGGGUUACUUCUUUGGGUAUCGUAAACCAAAUAUUACUCAUACUGUUACAACUAAGCAGAAGCCAGAAAAAAUUCCUGAUCAAGUAUGGCACUUAAAUUGUAUAAGAAAGUAUCUGUUGACAGGGAUAUUACCUUUUGGAGUAGUUUUCAAUGAUUUGUUUUACAUUUCUGCUGCACUAUGGCAAAACUAUUUAUACAUCUUCACAGGAUUUAUACUCGUAGUUUUUAUCUUAUUUGUAAUAUCUUGUUUUAAUGCUUCUACUAUUAUGGUUUACGCCAUGUUAAAGGAAAAAGAUUAUAGAUCGUGGUGGGGAAGUUUCAUGCUUGGUGGAGUAUCAGCUGCACACAUUCAGAUAUAUUCAAUACAUUAUUUCUUUGCAAAAUUAAAUAUAACAGAGCUAGCUCCAACUUUGAUAUAUUUUGGUUACAUGGGCCUAAUAACUAUUACAUUUUGGUUGUUGACUGGAACCAUUUGUUUCUUUGUUACCUAUUUGUUUAUUAGAAAAAUGUAUGCAGUUGCUAAAUUAGAAUAACUGUCACAUGUAUGGUGUAAUAGUUUUUGAAUCUCAACUAAUAGCUAUUGAGUUGCCAUCACACUGUCUAGCAGACUCGUAACAUCUUUUUCUUUGUAUAUGGAUGCAAGCAACACAAUGCAUACAAUGCAUGCAUACAUUUUCUCUUGAUACAAAGUAAGCACACAGAUAAUAUCACAGUCAUAAAAAAAUUAUUGCAUCACAAUGACAAUCAUAUACCAUGCACAACUACUUCUAGUACCUUAUAAGGUAGUGUUAAAUAAUUUUUGUAUUUUUGUGUCCAUCUAUAAAUUGUUAAAUAUCACUCAUUACCAUCACUCAUAAUAUGACAGUAGUA